UAGCGUGUGGAACUGUCGACCGGGUACCAGUCUAGACUGAGUAGUGCAUGUUGGCGGGAGAAUCACAUCACACUGUAUUUUCACUAUAAAAUAACAUAAAACGUACGUCAGUUCAUAAAAACGACACUGAAAAUGUCGUACAAUUUAACACAGGGUGCUAUCAAGCGUAUCAUGAAUGGUGAAGAACUGCACCAGCCAGUUUUGCAGAUUUUGGGGAUUAAGAAACUCGCUGGCAGCCAGUCAAGUGGCCUAGACCGGUACAGGCUUCUUUUAUCUGAUGGACAGCACAGCAUUGCAUCUGCAAUGCUUGCAACACAGCUGAAUGGGCUGGUAGAGAGUGGACAACUGGAGGCAAACACUGUGAUACAGCUUGAAAAGUACCUCUGCAAUAAGGUGCAGCCAGACAGGAAGGUAGUCAUCAUGCUGCAGGUGUCGGUAGUGGCACCUGGUGCUGAAGUUGGUGGCAUGAUAGGAAGCCCAGUCACCUAUCAGUCUGCGGCUGGAGAUACUCAAGCGAAUUCAAAUGCGCCAGCGGCAUCUGCUACUAAACCAAACGUUUCCGCACCACCAGCCAAGAAGCCAAGCUUCUAUUCCAACAAAGCUCCAGCUAUGCCAGUUGGAGGAAACCAAGAAAGGACUCCAGGCAGCACCCAGGCAGCCAUCUUCCCAAUUGAUAGUCUGACUCCCUAUCAAAACAGGUGGUCAAUCAAAGUUAGGGUGACGAAGAAGACCAAUAUACGAACCUGGUCGAAUUCGCGCGGUGAGGGAAAACUGUUCUCUUUAGACCUGAUUGAUGAGAGUGGAGAGAUACGUGCGACAGCAUUCAACCAGGAGUGCGACAAGUAUUUCGACAUGUUGGAAUUGGACAAGGUAUACAUCAUAACUAAAGCACAGCUGAAGACAGCAAAUAAGAAGUUUGCGACCAUCCAGAAUGACUAUGAGAUGACGUUCAACAGAGACACAGAGGUGACGCUAUGUAUGGACGAAUCUGCCAGCAUUCCAAAGAUGAGCUUCAAUUUUGUGCCAAUCAGUGAACUGGCCAAAGUACAGAAGGGCGCGAUGAUUGUGGCCAGGCAUGGAAAUGCGCCUACUGGGAUGGAUCCUGCCCAUAGAAAGAUACUUACCAAGAAUCUUGUAGCAUUCUGUAAUGACUUACAAGUGGAGCUAGUCAUGGUAGAGUUGGAAGCAAGUGGGAUGUUCCUGCAAUACCACGUGGACAUAAUUCAGGCAGAGAAGGUAGAGUUCAAUAAACGGAGGAAGGUCGUGCAGCUGGUUCAGCAGAGUGGCCCUAAAGCGUUUGACUUAUUUCACCGAGCGCUGCAGAACACAUGCCAGACGCACCUAGCGAACUUAUUGAAGCCAGAUGUCACGGUGCCAUUCUUACGGAGCAGGCCUCCAGCAGCCAAGCGCGCGGCGCCAUCUUCCACGGCAAAAUAUCUUCCGAGCGACACUCCCGCCAACCUGAUAGACAUUGACGUGCGUCCUGGGCGGCCCGCCCCAUACGACCCGCUUGACGCGUACCGCAUGGAGAGUUCCCCAAGCGGACUGUGCUUGAUCGUAAACAACAGAGCAUUCGAGCGGCUCCGCGAGCGGCGGGGCACGGACAUCGACUCGCGCAACGCGCGCUUGCUCUUUGAGGGUCUCGGAUUCGAGGUGCUGCCGGAGAAGAAGGACCUCACCGUCGCGCAGAUGAGAGAAGAGCUGGAGUUCUUCGCUGCGCGCCACGACCACAGAGACUGCGCCGUCAUCGUCGUCCUCAGCCACGGCACGUGGCGCAAUGGCGACGAGAUACACGGCGUCGACGGGAGGCCCGCAGGUGGCCCCACGCUCAACUUCAAUAAGCUGCUGAGGAUGUUCGGAAGAGAACAAGCACCAGCACUCAAAGACAAGCCAAAGUUGUUUAUCAUCCAGGCAUGUAGAGGUGAAGAUAUUGACUUCGGUAGCCCACAGACAAAGUCUGAUGUCUCGGAUGGCUACAGUCCCCCCUGGGAAAAACAAAUGUCAGAGAUGGAGCCGAGAGAUCCAAACAUGGGUGACCACAUCGUGUUUCGUUCUACGAUGCCAGGUUUCUUGUCGUGGAGAAACCCGGAGAGGGGCUCAUGGUUUAUACAGUCCCUCGUUCAGGUGUUCAUGAAGAACGCCUGCACAGACAACAUCAACGAUCUCAUGACGAAGGUCAACCAAGAGGUUGCCAGAAUACAUCAGACACGAUAUGGAGCCAAGCAGAUGACGAUGUUUGAGAGCACUCUGAGGAAGCCAUUCUACUUCAACCCCACGGGAACAGUCAAGCAGAUGACAACUCAUCGCAAUACAGCUUGAAGCAACGUCACAACAUACAGCAAUUUCGCAAUCGCUCAUGAUAACAUGAGGAUUUUCAGAGAGAAUAGGUUAAUACGAUAAGUCUCUUACCGUACUCUUGAUGAUGAAGUUUGUAAUGAGUUCUGAAAAUGAUUGCAAUGAUGUAAAACGAUGCAGAAAAAAGUAAUGGAUUGCAGGCGCACAAAUCCAUUUUGAAAUGUGGGGGGACACCAGUGGCGAGCACGCGAAGGGGGUG